AUGUGGUCCAAGCACUUAUUUCUACUAAACGUUAUCCUCGACACAGCCCUUGCAACUUCAAAUCCCGGAACAUUCGAUGCGACCACCCUCGCUGAAUUCAUCGAAAAAGAAACCCCGAUCGCCUGGCAGGGAAUCCUCAAUAACAUCGGAGCGGAUGGAGCACUGGCCCAGGGCGCCUAUCCGGGCAUUGUGGUCGCCUCGCCCUCCAAAUCCGACCCCGACUAUUUCUACACCUGGACCCGGGAUGCGGGGCUGACCAUCCCCGCCAUCAGCGCCCAUCUGACCGACCUGCCCGACGACGGAGGCAAGACCUCCAUCGAGCGCAUCCUCCAGCAAUUCGUCACCUCGCAAGCCACCCAGCAAACCAUCUCCAACCCGUCCGGCUCCCUGGCCGACGGCGCCGGCCUGGGCGAGCCCAAAUUCCACGUGAACAUGACCGAGUUCACGGAAGCGUGGGGGCGGCCGCAGCGCGACGGGCCCGCGCUGCGCGCCUCGGCCCUCAUCGCCUACGGGAACCACCUCGUCGCCCACGGCCAGACCGCCCUCGCGCGAGCCAACGUCUGGCCCAUCGUUCGCAACGACCUGGCCUACGUGGCCCAGUACUGGAACGAGACCACCUUCGACCUCUGGGAGGAGGUCCGGGGGUCCUCGUUCUUCACCACCGCCGUCCAGCACAAGGCGCUCGUCGAGGGCCAGGCGUUCGCCGAGGCGGUGGGCGAGACGUGCGCCGGCUGCGCCGCGGUCGCGCCGCAGAUCCUGUGCCAUCUCCAGCAGUAUUGGGACGGCGCCGCGGCGGCGGUCCUUUCCAAUGUCCCCACGAGCGGGCGCUCGGGGCUCGAUGCGAAUUCGAUCCUUGCUGCCGUCCACACCUUCGACCCGGAGGCUUCAUGUCUUGCUGAAAGUGGUGGCGGGACCUUCCAACCGUGCUCCGCCCGCGCGCUGUCGAAUCAUAAGCAUGUGGUGGACUCGUUCCGGUCGCUUUACAAGGUGAACCAGGGCCGUGGCGCUGGCACGGCGGCGGCGGUGGGGCGCUACGCUGAGGAUAUCUAUCAGGGGGGCCAUCCAUGGUACCUCACGACCCUUGCCGCGGCCGAGCAAUUGUACGAUGCCUUGUACCAGUGGGACCGACAGGGCGUCAUCGAGGUGACGGCAGUGUCUGCGCCUUUCUUCGCGGACCUCAUCCGCGACAUUGUCCCAGGGUCCUACCCACGCGCCUCGGAUGAAUACGCGGCGAUCAGCGAUGCCGUGAGGCGGUAUGCGGACGGCUUUGUCGCGGUGGUCCAGCAGUAUACCCCGGCGGAUGGCGGGUUGGCGGAGCAGUUCGACCGCACCACGGGGCAGCCGGUCUCGGCGGUCGAUCUGACGUGGUCGUUUGCUGCGUUCCUGACGGCGACGGCGAGACGCAGCGGUGCCGUGCCCCCGUCGUGGGGCGCGUCCGCGGCAGAGCCGGCCCCGGCGACGUGUAGCGCGACGAGCGUCCGGGGGCAGUAUGCUACGCCGGCCGUGGGGUCAUGGCGGGUGCAGGUGCACGACGAGCUGAAGUGA